AUGGCUCCUCCUUCAUCAUCCUCUUCAUCAUCGACAUCUUCAAAUGCGGGCUCUACCAACGAGCUAUUGGGAAUGUUGAUGAAUAUCAAUCAUCUACAACAGCAACAGCAGCAACAAACACGAAACACCACCACAUCUUCGUCAUCCCAGAAUGCUCCAUUCCUUAUCCAAAACCACGCUAAUCUCAUGAACAAUAAUAAUUUUAGGCAACAACAUGAAUCACUUGUCAACUAUGGUGCACUUACUUCAAACAUCCAACCAACGAUUUUCACCAACAAUGGUCAAUUAGCUGCGAAUUCUCCGGCUUCCAAUAAUAAUUUCACCAUGUUGAAUUUACAAAAUAAUCCAAAUCAACCCCAUCCCAAUGACUUGUCAAAUUUAAUGAACAAUCUAGGACAAAAUAUUGAUUUGAAUCAACUAUUGCAACAAAACAAUGUAAAUUAUGGAUCUCCAUCACAAUCUGACAACACACCCCAAUUACUGCUGAAUGAUGCUCACAAUUUUAUGAACCAUGACACAACAAUCGAAGGUUUAAAACCACAACAUAAAGAAUUACUACAGCAAAUUAUUUCCACAACCGUGCAUCAUCAGCAACCAUUAGAUUCCACUCAGCAACAGACCUCUCACCCACAACCACAACAGAAACAGUCACCCCCUCAACCAUCAACCCAACAUCAAGACUUAACCCAGAAAGAGGCAAGUGUUGCCUCAAAAAGAAGUGCCAAGAAAUCGGCAAGUCAAACAACAACUGACACACCAGACGAGCACGUGCCACACCUUGGAAAUGUGGAACUAAAUCAAGAUCCAACCCAAAUGUAUUUUCCGAUUGCUUGCGUGAAUUGCAGAUCCAGACAUAAAAAGUGUGAAAAGAAUUAUCCUUCUUGCGCCCAAUGCAUUAAGCGUGGCGUAGAAUGUUCAUAUAGGUCUCCAAAGAAGAAAGGACGACACAAUCAGUCAUCAAGCUCAAAACAAGAACAAGCAACCACAGUACAGACCAUUUCUUCCUCUUCUCCGAGAUUUACACCCUAUCCAGCUUCUACGAGUGUUACUGCCAGUGAUUCCAGCACAAAUAACAAAAAUGUUAAUCUAGAGGUAUCCGAAGAACUGCUUAGAUAUCUUACAAGUCAACUAGGCCCUAAUUUUGUGCAACAAUAUCCAAAUGUUUCAGAAUUACUUUCCACUAUUCAAUUAUCAAUUAUGAAUAACAACGUGAACGAACGAUUGAUAAUAUCUGCUCAACGAAAGAAAACUAUUGAUCUCUAUGAGGGCGUAAUUUCUUUAGGGUACUCAUUGGUGGACAUUAAUGUGAUUGAACAAGCUCUUUUCGAAACAGACAAUUUAGAAUCAUACAACUACUCUCACGAGUUUUUAUCACUGCUCUAUGCUAUUCAUGCUGUCACUUGCCAAGCUUUGGGUCAAGAGGAACAAGCCUUAUUAUCGUUUCAAAAAACAAAGAGCUGCCUUGCCAAUUGUUUUGAUUCAUGGAAGAACAUUCUAGUUGCAAAUACGUACAGUCAUUUGGCCCUCUAUUGUGCAAGCUCUGGAGACACAGAAACUGCACGGUUUUAUUUGAAUUUUGUGGACUUUUAUUUUGGAAACAGACACAAAAUUGAUUUCGAUCGUCUUGAUGAGUAUGUGAUUGAUGCAAGCGAAACAAACUCUUUAAGAGAAUUCUUGCUGAAAAACGCUGACAACCCUAACGUAAAACAAGCCAUGUCGAAUUUAGGAAUCAACUCUGCUGAGUUCUUGCAAAAUACUUUACGUGAGGAACAAACAAGAGCGGUUGCAACCAGACAUAUUUUUGAAAAGAUGCCAAAAGAGGCAGAUUUCAAACUUUUGAAGUUCAGAAUACUGUGUGGAGUCACAAUCGAUGCUUGUGGAAAGGAUCAAUAUCCAGUAAUGAUUAAGGCUGACCCCCCUUCAUUUUUACCAACAUCUCAAUAUACUUUUGAAAGCGGAAAUGAUCUAUCUAUUCUUGGAUCUGUCAGCCCAGAGGGAACCUUUCAUUUGUCAACAAAUACACAAACGAAAGGUCAAGCUGAAUCAUCAAACUUUAAAGGCUACAGCUUUAGUUCCUACUUUUGCAGAAUAUUGGCAGAUAUUAACCUGUAUAUUACCGGAAGAAUUCCAAAACAUGUACUUUAUAUACUAACACAAAUGUCCCCAUCAUUGGAGAAUAUGAAUGAAUACAUGCAAAUAAUCGAUAGUGUUGGAAAAGUAUAUAGAGAACACGAAAAGAGAAGAACAUUUAAUGAGGUUCAGCUUCCCCUGGCUUUAUGUAUUUUCAACUUGUUUUUGUUUGGAGAUAAGCUCUUCCUUCUCAAGGAAGUUUAUCGAAAGACUAAUGGUGGAGUGAUUUUGUCGAGAAAUAUUGCCAACACUCAUAGCCCAGAAAAGAAGAAUAUUCUAGACUUUUUACAUUCAGAAAUAUUGAAAUUAGCACAAGUGGUAACAAAAUGCACAACCAUCGAAAACUUUGACUUGUUGAAACCCAACCUCUGGAAUUGUGUUGCUGCCGGAGCUGAAGUAGUAUUAGAAGUUUUAGAAUCCAUUUCAGAAUGUUCACACAUGCCUUUCUCAGCCAUGACUGAUGCUUUGGAACUGAAUCACUAUUUCUCAACUACUUACAAGGCACAUGAUUUACAAAAUCCAAUAACUCAAAAACAAAUAAUGGAUCAAUUCGAACAACAACUUUUGGAGAUGCUUGAUCAAAAUAUUAAGGCACUGAACACGUGGACUACCAGAUACCAUAAUGACAAGUAUGCUUACUUGAUUGAGAGAAUGCAACAUUUUAAGCAAAUGAAAUCCAAUCAAGCAUUCCAAAACAUCCACAAUUUGCACAUACCUCAAUUUCUCGAUAAUUCUAAUAUUAACAAAACCUAUGAUCACAACUACCCACCAAUUUCAAUGCCAUCUGAGUUGCAAUCAAAUGCUAGUUUGCAAAGUGCAGAUUUAUUCAAGCUUGCAACUUAUUUAUUUGGCGAAAUUGGAAAAAACAACCCUUCACAACAACACUAA